AUGACCACGUCAAGACCACCAGCAGAAGACGAAGAAAAUAACAACACCACCUCCGGCCCGUACCUCGGUGUAACUUCAAAUCAAAUCACAUCAAUAAUCACAUCAACAACAGACGAAAACAAACAUCACAAUUUGAGUGAAGUUAUAACAGAUUGUAGGCAAAAAGAUCGGAACGAAUCAUCAUCAAACGAAAUAAUAACACCAAAAGCAAAUCAUCAAUCAAAUGAAAAUAUUAAUCAAAACAAUUUUCUCACAAAAGAAGAAGAAGAGUACAACUCCAGACAACCCCUGUUGUUUGUAAAACACAAUAGUAAUGACAACAAUCAACAACAAGAUGAAACAAACAUUGGGGGUGUUGAUCAUUUGAACAUAUCUUCCCCGUUCACCAACAGAAAUUUGAACACAUCAUUUAAUACCAGCAUGGAAGCUACACAUCCCACAUCAACGGAUAUCAAUAAUUCUUCGAUCAACUCUCCCAUAGAAUUUUCCCAUGAUGACAAACAUCAUUCGGUGACCAUUACGCGAGGUCCCAAAGACUUGUCAUCCAAUAAUGAUCCUCUUCAUGAAUCAGAUCAAGGAUUGAAUCUAUCCAAAAUCGCCCUCAAUGAGAUGUCACAAGAGAGCGUCAAUAGCGAAAACGAUGAAUUGUCCAAAGUUCAAAAGAGCAUUGAUGAUGAGAGGCAUACAUUGCAACAAUUGAGCACUCUUGAACAAGAACAAGCAGAAUCUUUAAAGUUGCUACGACGAAAACAUCGAGAAAAUUACAUUCCAGAUGCUUUUAUUCUCUUUUGUAAACAUGAGACGUCAAAAGUGUAUGGAUGGCAAUUAGAAAGCGAAAAGCAAUCUGCCCAACUUUACACAAAAGCAAUUUCAUUGCAUUCUAUUGAAACUGGGGAUUUUUCGAGUUUAGCUCGGCUGGCUUCUCAACUUUUUGAAAGCACUAGCACACAAGACUUAUCGAAAAAUUUAAAAUUCAAAGUGACACCUUAUGACUCAUCAACGCAUGUUAUGUGCAAUCGAUUUGUUGGAAUACUUACUAAUACAAAUUACAGAGAUGCUUUUGAAGCGUGUAGAUCUGUGGAACUUCGUAAACAUACCAAACAAAUGGAAGAGGCUUUGAAAUUGGAAGAUUUUUACAGCGCAGACAAGAACUCGGCUGUGUUACCAAAUGCUCCUAGCUUGAUACAAAAGCAAAUGGCCAAGAUUCCAAACGACAGUUUUGAUGUUGUGUACAUGAGAACCAUGUCACCCAGCACUCUCAUUGUAUCGAAGAGAGAAUAUUUAACAGCGCGAUUUUUCAUGGAGGAACCAGACAGAUUGAUUAUCAUGGAGAGGUCAAUUGAUAAACUGAUACCUCCACCUCCUAUUCUCUUGCAAUUAUCAUCACGGCACGAAGAAGUCUUAAGUGUCAUUGAGCAGCAUGAAAAUCAAUUAAUCGAGUUGAGCAAAAAUAUUUCUUCUAAUUUAUAUUUAACACCAAGUGCAGGGUCUAACAGCACUGAUGAUAGCCGUUUGACCAAAAACUCUGAAGAAUCAUUAACAAAUAUCGCCACACGACAAAGAAGUAAGAGUGUUGGAACGGCCGUAUGUCAAUCUUCUGUCAAUCACACAAGCAAUAGCUUGGGAACUCUAUCGCCAAUAACAAAGAGAGCCUCAUCUACUGUCUCUGACUACAAGAGCACAAAACAUCUCACAUUAAGUUCGAUUUCAACAGACAACUCAUUAUAUCAUAAUCUGUUGCAACCACAACCCAGUCAAAAAGGAAUCAUACGAGCACAUAUUCUUUUCCAAAUCAUGGUAUUCGAAAGGCUUUCAGAUACGGAAACACGUUUUCAAGUCAUGAAUCAUAUCGAUGUGAAAGGUUGGAAAUCAUGGAGUAUUCUUUCUCAAAAGCCAUCUCCUCUUAAAAUGCAAGAAGAACUUUCACAACUUGUGGAGGAAUACAAAAAAGUUUUUAAGAACACCAAAAGUGAACAAGCAGACAUUUCGACACUGAUACAGACGUCAGAUUCACAAUAA